AUGGCAUCAAAGUUAAUUCGUACUGUGAAAGAAAGUGAUGCAUCGGAUCUUGGAGAAAAGAUUGUAAAAUAUGCCUUGGUUAUCGGUAUCUCAACAGCCGUCUGUUUUGGAGCUUAUCUGAUUUAUAAACAACAGCAAAAACCAAAACAACAAAAUAAAGCGGAUACAAAUGAACGGACAACUGCAAAAACGACUACAACAACGAUUGGUAGUGAUGACGGUCAUACGAUAUUAAAAUCAAACGAAAAUAUAAAAAAGAGCAAAUUAGACGAGUCAAUUGAGCUGAAAAAUGAGGGCAACGCCAAAUAUCGAGAUAAAAAAUUUGUAGAAGCUAUUGCGUAUUACACAAAGGCGAUCGAUGCAUGUCCAGCUGACCAUGAUGAACAAUUAUCACAGUUUUAUCAGAAUCGAGCUGCUGCCUAUGAGUCACUUCAAGAUAUGGAGAAAGUGAUUGAAGAUUGCUCUCGAGCAAUCGAAUUAAAUCCAAAAUAUGUGAAAUGUAUACAAAGACGUGCUCGAGCUGCUGAAACAAUUGGAAAUAAUGAAUUAGCAUUAGAAGAUUAUUCGACUGUAUGUUUUUUGGACAAUUUUCAACCAGUCUACGUAAUGUCAGCUGAUAAAAUACUAACAGAGUUAGCAAAAGAAUAUAUUAGCAAUUUAUCACCCAAUACUGCUGAAUUAUCAAGAGACUUUGUUCACACAUCUCUAAAUGAAUUUGAAGAUGAUCCAGCUUUAAGUACAUCGUUCAUAAAUGAAAUUCAAACAGCACAUCCAGAUAGUAAUCUAGACAGAGCUUAUAAAGCCCUGAAUGACGGAAAUUUUUCUGAAAUAUCGGAUUUAUGUACACGUGAAAUUGAAAGUGAAGAUUCUGAGUAUAAAAAUCAAGCACGUCUAUUACGAGGAUCAUUUUAUAUUUUAAAUGGUCAAUAUAACGAAGCUGUUGCCGAUUUUGACACUGUUAUUGAUGAUCUAAAUUCAACUGAAGAAAUGAAAAUAAAUGGAAAACUCAAACGUGCAAACGCUCGAAUACAUUUACGGGAUUUAGAAGGAGCAAUGAACGAAUAUAAAACAUGUAUUGAUUCACAUCCAAAUUCUUGUACACCAAGAGUCCAUUCCGGAAUGUUAAAAACUUUAUUAGAACAAUAUGAGGAUGCUGAUGAAGAUUUUGCUAAAGCAAUUGAAAUAUCACCAACGAAUUUACGUGCAAAAUAUCAAAAAUUAAUUAAUGAUACAAAAAUUGGCUCAAAAAAUAAUAAUAAAUAUCUUGUAGAUCAAGCAUUAUCACAAUUUGAAGAAUACUUUGAUACAUGUAAAAAAGAUAUUUAUUAUGCAUUAGCCUUAACAUCAGCCUAUUUGGAUAACGAUCGUAAAGAUAAAGCAUUAGAAUAUUUAAAUAAAUUUAUUCAAGAAAUUCCAGACAGUCCAACAUUAUUAGCACUUAAAGCAAAUUGUUUAAUGACAACUGAUCCAUCGAAUGCUGAUGAAGCCGAAAGAUUGUACAAACAAGCAUUGAACUAUGAUGCAUCAAAUGAAACUGUUUUAACCAUGUAUGCUAUUUUUAAAUGCAAUAGAAACCAAUUUGAUGAAGCAGCCGAAUUAUAUGAAAAAGCUAUUCAUUGUAGUCGUGGUGAAGAAAAACUAAUGCAAUAUGCCGCACUGCUAUUUGCUAUUCGAGCACAAGGACGAGCAAUAAAAAGAUUGAAUAUAAGUUUCCCCGGCAAUGCUGGUUUUCCUCCGGGAGGUGCCAUGGGUGGUGCCGGAUUACCCGCUUGGUUAGGUGGUAUGGGUUGA